CUCAGCAGCCGGGAGAGCAGCGGCGGCUGCGGCGCGCGUCUCCGGGCCAGCGGGGAGUCAGCUGGUCGCGGCAGCGCCAAGGGAGACCUUGGAGGUGCUGGAAGGCAUGGACUGUGAGCACACUGCAGUUCCACAAAUCACCAUUCAUGGCAGGAGUCCAGCUGUGCCUUAACCUGGCAAAGGAAAAGGGUAGGAUCGGACAGAUCGGGAAUUGCCCAUGAGUGGAGGGCCUUGGAGACCAGAGCCCAGUCAUCAGCAAACAGAGUGAGGACAUCAUUAUGGUGGACACUCCUGCAGAAUGCGGCCAGGGCAGGGCAGAGUUUGGCAGAGUCUUUACUGGUUUUGUGCCCACAGAGCUGGCAGUAAUGGCAAAAAUCAGCAAGCUUGCGCCUGUACUGAGGGACUGCAGGCCCAUGGCAGCUGCUGGUGCCACCACUCUGAUCUGUGGGGACUGUGGCAAGAGCUUUGCCAGGAAGUCAGACUUCAAAGUGCACCAGCGGAUCCAUACGGGUGAGAGGCCCUACAAGUGCUCCUACUGCAGCAAGGGCUUCUACCAGGCCUCCAUGGUGCGGCGGCACGAGCGCACACACACUGGCGAGAAGCCCUACCGCUGCUCUGUGUGCGAUAAGUCCUUCGCCCGCUCCACCUCGUUACUGAUCCACCAGAACACUCAUACCGGCGACCGGCCAUAUGAGUGUCCCUUCUGCGAGAAGACUUUCUCUGACCCCUCCACCCUGCUCCAGCAUCGCAAGAUGCACAUGGGUCUCAAGCCCUUCCAUUGUGGCAUCUGCAACAAGUCCUUCAGCCAGUCAUCCAGCUUCACCUUCCACCGGGCUACUCACACCAAUGACCGCCCCUUUGUCUGCUCCGAGUGCGGCAAGGCCUUCAUCCGCUCCACUGCCCUGCUCAAGCACCAGCAGACCCACAUCCAGAAGGCCUUUCGCUGUGGGGAGUGCAGCAAGGUUUUCCCCAAGCUCUCAGGCCUCCGCUCCCACCAGCGGAUGCAUGCCCAAGGCCACCGGAUAGAGAUAGAGUUGAGGGAGAAAGAGCGGAGCUGCUGGGAUGUUUCCACGCUGAGGUUCCAAGCCCAUGACCCUCUGCCCCAGGACUGUCCCCUGAUCCUGAAAGCAGAUAUUCAGAAGCAGAAGUGGAAAAUGGCAAGCAUAGAAUGCUCUGAGAGACUGGACCAGGAAUACCCCAGCAGCAGUUUGGCUCAGGAAUCCUAUGGGGACAGAAAGAGGACCAUGAACACAUGGUGUGAAAAUGAUGAAGGCGAUGAGGAGGAGGAAGCUGAGGAAAGUGACAGUGAUCAUUUUGGGAACGGCAUGCAGAAGGUCCAAGAUCCGGUGUCCAGCAGCUCCAUGCCGAAGGACAGCAUGGCAGAGGACCUUCUGUAUGAGGAAGACAAGAUCUUUUAUGAGACCUUUACCCUUAUCAAUGCCAACGGCGUGGCCAAGAAGUUGAACAUGAUGGUCAGUCUUCGCACCAAGAGUGAUGAGGGCAAUGAGGAAAGCAACAAGGAGACAUUGUGUCAGAAGUGGCAUAGCCGGCCAGCGAGGAAGCCUGCUGUUCUUCGGCACAGCCCGCAGGGCAUAAAGCACUUUGGCAGGAUGCUGCCAAGCUCAACCGAGUACGUGGACACUGUGGUUACCCUGGACAGCCAUUUGGAUGACCCAGCCAAGGACAGCCUGCCGUGCAAUGGCAUGGAAAGCAUCAAGAGCUACGUGACCAGGAAAGUAGACGGUGAGGUGUUCCCAGGAAAUCCAAGUAUGGACUUCAGCAAGCCAGGGGGGAGCAAAGAACUUCCUCUGAAAAGCAAAAGAGGGGUGAAGUGGCUGAACCCGAAAGCUGCCAACAAGCCAGCCGAGAUAGCAGGAAGUGUCAGGGCCCUGAAAGCAGCCACGGUGAGGAGGAUCAGGAUUGAGACGCAGCAGGUGGGCAGCAGCGAGCUGGAGGAGCGGCCUUACAAAUGCAUGCAGUGUGGACGGGCCUUUAAGAAAUCCAGCAACCUCCUGAGCCACAUUGACACGCACAGUGGGGCCAAGCCGUAUGCCUGCGAGCUGUGCAGCAAGGCCUACUCGCACCAGGGCACCCUGCAGCAGCACAAGCGGUUGCACACAGGCGAGCGCCCCUACAAGUGCCCGUUCUGCAUCAAGGCCUACACCUGGUCCUCAGACUACCGCAAACACAUCCGCACGCACACCGGUGAGAAGCCCUACAAGUGCCUGGACUGCGAGAAGGCCUUUGUGCGCUCCUCGGACCUGCGCAAGCAUCAGCGCAACAUGCACAGCAAUGACAAGCCUUUCCCCUGCCAGGAGUGCGGCAAGACCUUCAACAAGCCAUUAUCGCUACUGCGCCACCAACGCACCCACCUGGGUGAGAAGCCUUUCCACUGUCCUGACUGUGGCAAGGAGUUUGCCGUGGCCAGCCGCAUGGUGGAGCACCAGCGCAUCCACACGGGCGAGCGUCCCUUCUCCUGUGCCAUCUGCGGCAAGUCUUUCACCAAGUCCUCCAACCUCUUUGAGCAUCAGACGCUGCACACUGGUGAGCGCCCCUUCAAGUGCUCUGAAUGUGGCAUGGCCUUCGCCCAGUCCUCACGCCUCAUCCGCCACCAGCGCAUCCACACCGGCGAGCGGCCCUUUGCCUGUGCCGAGUGCGGGCAUGCCUUCGCCCGCUCCUCCACCCUCAAAAGGCACCAGCAGAUCCAUAGUGGGGAGAAGGCCUACCUGUGCUCAGACUGUGGCAAGGCCUUCCGCCAUGCCUCGCAGCUUACCCAGCACAUGCGGGUGCAUACGGGGGAACGGCCCUACCAGUGCGCCCAGUGUGGCAAAGCCUUCACUCAGUCCACCCACCUCAUCCGCCACCAGGCCAAGCAUGAUGCCAGCAAUGGGGAGCCGUUCUCCUCUUCUGAUGAGUGAGUCCCUCCCUUGUGGGGCAGCUGGACACCAGGCACUCAACACACCUGUCUUCUAAGGGGCCAAAUACAACAGACCUGGGCUUCAUCAGGUAGAGCAAAUAUGAGAGAGGGUUUGUAUGUAAUAUGGAGCAGGCACCACUCUCUGACGAAGUUGCUUGUUGACUAGAGGAGGAGAUCUGCAAGUACUUUUCUUCAUAAAUGCACACGAAAAGACCCAACCAAAGCCCACCUGUGACAGGGGAUGCAGAUGAGGAGAGAGAUUAUGAAGACUACAUCCACUUUGUCAUCUGUCCAGGCACCAAGUUCAGCUGUUUACUAAGAUCUUCCUGCUGGACAAAAGUUCAAGAGCACAUUGCAAACUGACUGACACUCCAUAGCUGUUGCUCCUUCAUGGGCCCUCAUGCCAAUUCCUGCUGCCCCUUCAAGUGUAGUUCUACUUUGAAAAGGGACUAGGUAAGAAAAUGGAAGAUCUGCUCCCAGUACGUGUGUUCAGAGUUGCAUCUGACACAACACUGCUUUUUACUCCUGUUUGCCCUGCAGAGCCAAGUUAGCUAACGGAACUGAAGUCUAUUCCUGCUUGUGUGUCUUUAACAGAAUGGUUAAUGAGGAGCUGGUCUACAUGUAGAAAUCAUACUAGUUUCACUAAAUAGAUUUAAAAAUA